AUGGAGUUUUAUCUGGAGAUAGACCCUGUAACUUUGAACCUGAUUAUACUUGUGGCUAGUUAUGUGAUUCUCUUAUUGCUUUUCCUUAUUUCAUGCGUCUUGUAUGACUGCAGAGGUAAAGAUCCCAGUGAGGAAUAUGGUCCUGAGAUGGAUCAACCCAUCCAGUCUCCAAUCCAGUUGGUAGUGAUGCAAAACACAGUGGAUGCUCGCUGCAUUAAUAACAAACCCACCAUCACAGAGCAUAAGGGUGAGCUACCAGGAUCACGAAGCACUUUGGUCUAG